GGCCCUUUGAGUUUUGAUCAUUUAUAAUCCUGAAAACAAAUAAGUUCCAACUUGUAUAAGGCCAUGUAAGUGCUGCACUUUGCAAAGCCAGGCACCCGUAGAGUCUGACAUUUGCGUACUUGGCAGGAUGUCAAUAUUUCUUUUGAGUACUUUAAACCAUUCCAUUUUGGAGAGAGUGUAGCACUUUACAGCAGUCCCUUCAAGCAGACAAGACAAGAAACAGUUACUUUUCCUUACCAACCUUAAUAGCCAGGAAACUGCUAGUGAGAAAAGUCAUGACUGCCAACCACAGGAGAGGCAGAACAAAUCGGGUUCUUAAAGAAGGUUUUUGACUACUUCAAAAUGGAAAGGAUUCCUAUGGUUGGAAUAUUUUAAUGAAGAUCAUCUCAUACUAACCAACGUGGAAAAAAAAAGAGUACUCCUGGAUCCAGCCAAAGAAAGUAUUCUAACUUCAAAGUGAGACCUUUGAGGACUUUAACUGAAAAAGAUGAACAACACGACAGUGGCUAACAAUACAGAAUGUCCUCUGAAUUCUCUAAUCACACAAUACAUCAUUCCUCUGCUCUAUUUCUUUGUCUUCGUGGGUGGGAUUCUGCUCAAUGCGAUAUCCGCGUGGAUCUUUUUUUAUGUUUCCAACAGCAAGAGCUUCAUCGUCUAUCUCAAGAACAUCGUGGCAGCUGACUUUCUGAUGAGUCUAACUUUCCCAUUCAAAGUUCUGAGUGAUUCCAAACUAGGACCCUGGCAGCUGAGCAUCUUUGUGUGCAAAGGUUCUGCAGUGAUCUUUUAUGUCAACAUGUACGUGGGAAUCGUAUUUUUUGGGCUCAUCGGAUUUGAUAGGUACUACAAGAUCGUAAAGCCCCUACUGGCUUCUUUUGUUCACACAGUUAGUUACAGUAAGAUCCUCUCUCUCUUCAUCUGGGUCCUGAUGCUCCUCCUGGCUAUCCCCAACAUCAUUCUGACUGACCAAAAUGCUAAGGAGGACGACAACAUUAAGUGCAUCAAACUCAAAAAUGAAAUGGGGCUCAAGUGGCAUACAGCCUCCAACUACAUUUUUGUGGCCAUCUUCUGGAUUGUGUUCCUGUUGUUGAUCAUCUGUUACACGGCCAUCACGAGGAAAAUCUACAAAUCUUACCUUAGGUCAAGAAGAAAAUCCAUCUCGGUCAAGAAAAAAUCCAGUCGCAAUAUAUUCUGCAUCAUGUUUGUGUUUUGUGUGUGUUUUGUUCCCUAUCACAUUGCCCGAAUCCCCUACACCAGAAGCCAAACUGAAAAACAUUAUGACUGCCAAUCCAAAGAAAUCCUGCUCUAUGCAAAAGAAUUCACUCUGUUCCUAUCCGCAGCCAAUGUAUGUCUGGAUCCCAUUAUUUAUUUCUUUCUCUGUCAACCAUUUAGAGAAACACUGCAGAAGAAGUUCCACUUCAGGUUAAAGGUGCGACAUACCCCAGAAGCCUCCAAAACCAAGAGAAGCAAUGAAAUGAUGGACAAUGCAAUUCUGGACAGCACAGAUACACUCUGAUUCCCCAUUGGGAACAGUACAGAGAGAAUCACUUUAUUUGCAUUGCACUGCCAGCCAAGAUGAGUACAUGAGAUGAACUAUGCUAGGAAAAGUCUCCAGGAAUUACUGUGCAACAAAUAUACUUAUAACAAUGGAAAAAAAAAAAAAACUCCAUAUACAGAACUUUUUGCAUUACAGCAGCAUCAAAGAAAAACUCAGUCAAUAGUCUGCUCAUAAAACUGAAAGAUUCCUCCUUUGAUUAAAAAAAAAAGCAUGCAGGUAUGAUUUAUAAAUAUUCCAGCAAACUAGAAGGCUUCCUCCUUCAUUCAGCCAACCAACAGAAGUUUAUUUAGUUUCAGAAACUGGACAAAGCA